GGGGUGUUGCAAACAUUAUUUCAUCGACAACAUUCAGUUCAGACUAGUUUAGACUAAUUAAACAUCUCUAGAUUUAAUAAAUCGUCAUAUGGUAACAUAUCAUAUAGUUAUGGUCAUCUAUUUUAUUGUUGAUAUUGAAAAAUAUAGAUUUAGCUUACAAUCGAUAAAGUGGAAUCGUCCUACCGAAUGGCAUACUGGGAUAAUAAAAUCUCAACAUUGCCUUCCCAUCAUUCAUCAGCUAUGGCGGAGAAAGUGAAUGUGGUGGUGAAGUGGGGCGGCACGGAAUACCCGGUCACUGACCUGGAGGGCAGCGAUACCGUCUUAGAUCUGAAGGAGCGGAUUAAGCAGCAGACAGGGGUGUUACCGGCCCGACAGAAACUCCUGGGGCUGAAAAUGAAAGCCGUCGAGUCAAGGACUAUGAAGUUAAGAUCUUGAACCCUUCCCGGCCUGGGAAAAAGCUACUGGUGCUGGAUGUGGACUAUACCAUUUUUGACCACCGAUCGGUUGGGCAGAAUGCGCUGGAGCUGAUGAGACCAUACUUACAUGAGUUUCUCACACAGAGCUAUGAGCACUACGAUAUCGUCAUAUGGUCUGCUACAAGCAUGAAGUGGAUAGAGGCCAAAAUGAAGGAACUGGGCAUGUCCGACCACCCUAACUACAAGAUCAUGUUCCUCCUGGACUCCUCAGCCAUGAUCACGGUGCACACACCCAAAUAUGGUGUUGUUGAGUGUAAGCCCCUUGCUGUGAUCUGGGGCAAGUUUGAUGAGUACAGCAGUAAGAACACCAUCAUGUUUGAUGAUAUCAGGAGAAACUUCCUCAUGAACCCUCAGAAUGGACUCAGAGUGCGACCAUUCCGAGAAGCUCACCUGAACAGACACAAGGACAGGGAGCUGAAGAGACUUGGGCGUUACCUCAGGGACAUUGCAACACUGGAGGACUUUGGUCAACUCAACCACAGACACUGGGAGAGGUACAGACCCAGAAAACAUAGAAAAAGAUCCAGUGACAAUGAAGAUGAAGAAAAUGAAGAGGAUAGAUCUAGGCAUCAAACCCAGGAAGGAUCAGCAUCAGAGAAAUAGUGGGCUUGUGUCUGCAAAACUAGUGAUCCUCAAGUGUUUUUCUGCCACAGUAUAUAUAAAACCACACCAACUAGGGUUUAUGGAUAACAUCUACACAGACAUUGAUGUUGUGUCUCCUAAGAAAAAACAAUCUCACUUCUUUUGACAGAUGUGGAAGGCUGUUAAACACUGCUCAUAACCAGCUAAGAAGUUGUUACAGAUCAUUAAAAUAUAUUUCUGAAACAGGAAAAUGAAAGCAUGAUACUCUUAAGGCUAUGAAACUAAAAAUAUAAUAAUUUGUUGUCACAGAACAAUGUGAUUUUCCCACUCUUGUAUGAAGUACAGGCAUGAUAUCAUGAAUUUUGUUUGGCCAAAGAAGAUAUAAGGUUGCCAAAUGAGCGUAAACAGGGAUACUGGCUCUUGGGGAGUGUUGGGGUGUUGCACCGUGGUCAUAUAUAGACGUGAUACCUGUUCUAUUCACAAACCUACAAGAGAUCCAUGGUAACUUUUACCUGAUGACAAUAAUUGUGAAAAGGCUUACAUAUCAUAUGGUUGCCUACAGGAGAGAAUUUAUCAUGGAAUGUUUUUCAACGGAGGAAGUUCUGUUGCCAUGUUGAUCCAGUAAUAGUUUUCACAAUGCGUGACACAAAAAAGAAACACAUGGACUGGACAAUGGCAACGUCAUGAAUAUCAAAUCUUCAAGAGGGCCGAGCAGUUUUGGCCUACCCCCCAAAUUGUCUAUAAUAUGAUAUGAUAUGAUAUGAUAUACAUGUAAUUGUAAAGCACAUAGUUGUUAAACUCUGAUAGGCCUGUGGGUGACAUUUACCAUUGGUGCCAUAUAUCCCAUGUCAGCAGUAUGUUAUGAUUGUGAGUUUAUGGGACCAUUUUCACUGGUGUGGUGUGGAUUGUAACUUUGGUCAAGGAUAUCUUAUAAUGUCCUUGUUUGUAUAAAUGUGUUGUAGUUGUUCUGAUGCACAGACAUAAAUGUUAAUUGUACAGAGGGGGACAGGAGGGAUAUCAGAUGGUUGUGGGAAAGUGUUGAGGUAGAAUUUAUCAUAUAUUUCAUUGACUUUGUCCAAACUAUGUUGUUUCAUACUUUGUUCCAAAUUAUGUAUAUUUUCCCAAUUGAAUGUGCAGAUUUUUCCCGAUUUCUUUACAAUUAUUGAUGACUAAAAUGCCACCUCCUUUGUGAAAAAAACUAUGGUGAUAACAAUAAUGUAUCUUCAUCUCUCAAGGAGGCUUGUUGAAUUGUGAAUGUUGAAUUGUGUUGUUGAAAAAUGAUCUUGGAUGGCAGUCCCAAC